AUGCAGUCACUGUCAUCAGAAGGUAUUUAUGCUUCUUUACAGACACGCUGUUCCUCUCCCUCCCAAAGCCCUCAUGAGCUUCAGAAAGACGUCUCUUCCAACUCUCCGCCAAAUAUGAAUCAAGGCCUGGAGCUUACAAACUUCACUGAACCACAGCUGCAGAAUUUGUGGGAUUUUCCCGGUGAACUGGAAGGACUCGAGGGGUUCGACACGCUCCCCGACAUUGGCCUCUUCGAAGAAGACGGCGGUUUGGACUAUCAAGAUGGAUUAGACGGGCUCGUGGACUCGAGGAGGGGCGAUGAUGGCAACACCAACAACCUCCCACAGAGGGACAGCACACUCAUCGAUACUAUAUACCCGGCACAAGGGCAAGCGGACGCCGGUGCCCGUCACCCCUUGUUGCGAGACGGAUGUGCACACGCCUUGACGGAGAUGACGGACGUGGGUAAGCAUACACUCAAGAGGCCCUUUAAUAGCAUAGAUGAUGCCACGAAUACCCCUAUCGACGAGUCGUCCGAAACAGCGAAAAGACAGUGCCAAAUCAUACUCGCCAGGCCCAACAACUCUUAUCAUGGUGAAAAAGAUCCCUCGUCUUGCAGUCAUGGUGCUCCUGCGUCUCAACAUACCAACCACGGUGCAUCCACUGUUAUUCAAGGAGCAUCAAACUAUUCGAGUACUUCUGGAGAGAAAGUUAGGCUUCAUAUGCUAUCUCUGCCGCCGAGCGUACAGCAAUCCCCCAAUGACACUUCCCGAGCGCAGCGUGAACCAUCUGUUGACUCGUUAUUUGAUGACUUGGACGAUUCAACUGUGCCUCCUUCACACCAUCAACCUUUGUCUUUACCAGGCUCCACGCGGCUCACCGUAUCGCCGUCUAUUUUAUCGCCUCCUGAAUCUCCUCUCCCCGAGGAGCCUACCUUUUCAAAGUCACAAUGGCCUAAAGCCGUGUCUGAGAUCAUCAGAAAGAACAACAGUAUCGAGAACCAGGAUGUCGUCAGCUCUAUGUAUCGAGAGAUCUUCACCAUGCCCCGCAAUGCGCAGAAAUACAUUUCUCCUUAUCCGCGUAUGGGCGGGCCUUUGGGCUACCUGCCCUCGACCCCAGUGGCUCAUGUUAAGUGCGUGGAGGUAGCAAAAGAUACCGUUGCCAACCGAAUGAACCAAUACCGUAAGAUAAUCCAUAAAUUGAGAUACGACCGCGACAAGUAUCUUUGGCUUUCUACCGAGUGGAACGCUGUUGAUUCAAAGACGGGAAAGACAAAGGCUCAGCAAACGAAAGAGGAGUGCUCGGGUCUGAGGCGAUCAAUCACUCUAAGAAACAAGGCAGUCAACGAGGCCAUGGCAGAGACAGAGUUCUGGCGCAAUAAAUAUCGAAAUCUUGAAACUGCAUACUGCAAUCUUGCCAAUCAGUAUAAAAUUGCCACCGCUUCGAAUAACAGAUUGAACACUCCUGCCUCUCAGCCACAGCCUGCCUCUCAACCCUCCUCCCAACCGGCAACUAGGACUCCAAGCAUAUCCUCAACACCAUGUUCUGAACCCGUUAGCAUCGACCUUACCGCGGAAGAGCCAGGAACCUCUGACCCCACGUUACUUAGCCAGACGUCGUCUCUCCCAGAGCCUCGCACUUCCGCCUUGAGCCGUAUGCGUAAGAAGAGAUACAACUGGCUAAAUAACGGCCAACCCUUCCCCAAGGCGAAUGUUACAGAGAAUAAUGGUGAUGAUGACGAAGAAGAUGAGCUAAGUCAGAUGCUGAUGCGAGAACUCGAAGCCUCCACCUGA